GCUUUAUGUAUUAAGUAUGCAUAUAUUUUACAUGUUUUAAACCCCGAGAUAACUGUAUGAGUAUAUCAUAUUCUUUACACCUGGGGAAGUUAAAAAUGAUGCCACACACUAUCAUGUUUUGUCUUUUCUUGCCGGAAACCCACUUCCAGCAUAUUUCUGUCCAUGUCUGGUAGUUUUUAAUGCUUUAUUGAACAAUAUAUUAACAAACAGCAAGGCAAGUCAGCCAUGGUUUGGAAGUAACUCACAAUGUCUCAUAUUUAACCAAUAACGUCGUUUUCUCUGCUUGAAUCAUACUACUAGCUGUGACAUGCAAGGGGAUUAAAUUAUUACACGUAAGUAAACGACUUCUUCCUGGAUUAAUGUGUAACGGUGUCAUUUUACAACAGGAUUAUGCCUCCCGCCACGGUCGGAUCCCUGGUCAACAAUGUGAAAUUUAAGAAGAGUCGUCCUUUCUGUUUCAAGUUGCGUCAUCGGGGAAUUUUUCAGUGCCCCAAUGCUGCGUUAAGGUGCUCAUCUUGAAAUCGUAUGUUACAGAACUCUGAUCAACUCGUGAAAUAUUUGAUUAGAAAAGUAAAAAGAGUGAACAUUGUACGAAAAAGUAGCAGCGACCCUAUUGUAGGCUGGUGGCACAUUACAGCACAACAUUGUGGUGUAGCCUUGCAAUAUAUCAUUCUUUUUUAUUGAUGAAUAAUAUGUUGAUUAUUUUUCCAAAUAAUAAUUACUCUGUAAAAUGUGUUUAACAUGGCUAUUACAAUUUCCCAGAAGCCAAAGUGACAUCUUGAAAUUGCUUUUAUUGUCUAAUUAACAGUCUAAAACACAAAUAUAUUUACAGCUAGUUACAGUUUAGUUUGUGUAAACCAGUGUAUGAUAGGCAUGUUAGGUUGAAAUAUGAAUAAAUACUUGCCAAAAUCGUUUAUUAAUUUUUUUCUUUUUCUUUGCAAAUUUCCCUGCUGAUCCACUGAUCAUGUAUUCAUGUUAGAAAGUAAGAGUGGCAAAUUACCAAGAAAGACUGACAAAUGUGAUUAUAUAAUAGUUUACAAACUAACAUACACUUUAUUUUACCAGUUGGUGAACAUAACUUCCAUGUUCACCUUAUGUUAACAACACUGAAUGAAAAUCACGACUUAUCCUUUGAAUUCACUACUGCUUUACGUCAUCCACACAUUUAGAGUAGUGAUAUUUCCGUAUGUGCAAUUGACCGCACCAUCAUUACCACUGGGUCUUGUGAGAGUGACGAAACCAAGCGGGAGGAGCGAAGACAGCAGCAUGAAAAGAGCAAACAGAAAGAGUUAGCCUGUUUUCAUUCUCAGCACCAACACCGCUAGUUCCCCCUGAGUGUGACACACUCUAUUUGAUGCAGUUUUCCUGUGGAUGUAGUAAAACCAAGUGUUCUUCAAAUUAGGGAAUUCAACAUACAGCCCUUCAUCAUUGAAGGUCAGCCCUCUGCUGAUUUCAUCACAGGAGCUUUUUGUCAUCAUGAAUGUGUCCCAGACAAUGGAGACAGAGGAGGAUCUCCUGACUUGUCUCCAUAUCAAGCUCUACCACCCGCAGCAGACUUCUAAGGGCCUUUACAGUCUGCUUCCUCUGGGGAACAGGAGAAGACACUCAGCAGAGGACCCUCUCAGGCUGGGCCGUGACGCCCAGGCUUGCACCUUUGCCCUGGUUGACCCCCGGGUGUCCCGUAAACAGAUGGCCCUCCAUGCAUACCGCACACCCCAGAGCCCGGACAUGCUGUUCACCAUCCAGAACCUGACCCAGAGGGGACGACUGUCAGUAAACAGCUCAACACUGAACUACCUGGAGAAGAUGGAUCUCCCGGCCAAGGCCCUGAUCCGGUUCGGAGAGUAUGAGAUGCUUAUCAUCCGAGAGCCCGGCGAGGCCAAGGGGAGCUUUGAGGUGGAGUUGGAGGUGCUGACAGUGUCUCCAUCCAAGGAGACAUGCAUGUUUGUGCCUAGUACCACACCCGUAAUGGACACAGGCUCACGUGUGAUGAACGGUUUACCUGCUAGUCUUAGGACCCAAGGCCCCUUGGAAACUGAUGAGACUCACAUGUGUUAUUCAUGACUAACAAUCACCACUCUGUGACAUGCUGUGACUUUAUUUUUACUUUCUUGUGGCAAUGAAUUGCUGUGUAGUUGUUACAUUUGAGUUCAAGCAGACUCCCUCUUUGUAAUGUGAAAUCAUAGUAUUACUCAGCACUCUAUGUAUUACAACAUAUAUCUAUAUACUGUAAAGCUGUGAUCUUCAUAUACUGAAUUAACCCCAUUUCUUGAAGUGUAAGCGCUUAAAAAAAGCCUUUUUUCUACUUCUGCAUAUUAAAUAUUUUUUGGCAAAAUCUUA